UUUCUCCCUCGCCUAGGCCGUUCCCGUUCGUCGUGGUGUACCUCUCUCCCAUGUUUCUGUGGCGUAGGUACCAGGAGGGAAACGCGCUCCGUGCUGACUCCUGCCUAUCGAUCCAGCCCGUAGUGCCGUAUCUUCCCCCCUUCCCUCCUUCUCGAUUUGUUUUUAUUGUUAUUAUUCUCGUUGUUUAUUCUCUUUUGUGUCCCUCUCGCUGUCCCUACCGUCCCUUUCUCACCCAGCCAGAGAGAGUGAGAGAGAGCCUACCGAAUCCACGCUGUCUAACCACCCCCGAAAAUUUUCGACACGCACUCCUUGUCACCACAAAGGCUCACCCCUCCAAUACAGGUUUACUUCCUACCCCCAUCAACCAGCGCGCUCUCUCGUCGGUACAUCGCGGUCGGAGAAGGAGGGGACUUCUGGGUUUUAGAGACAAGGCGGCUAAGCUUCACCAAGUCGUCCAGCAUAUCCGGCCAUGGGUAAGUCCGCACCACUCCCCCUACCUACCUACCGACCUACCUACCUGCCUGCCUGCCUGCCACCACCGUCGCGCUGCUACUUCGCCGGCGAUAACCUCCUCCUCCUCUCCUGUCCCCGUCCCGGCCCGCGACGUCUCUUUUUCUUUCCAUCUCUCUCUCUCUCUCUCUCUAUCUCUCUCUCUAUCUAUCUCUAUCUCUCUUUUUCUCUAUCCUCGUCUCUCUACCCUCGUCGGUCCUGCUUGCUCUGCCCAAAGGUGGCCGGCCGGCCUGCCCGACUGCGCGCCUACAUCCGCGACUCUCCGUCUGCGUUGCCUCGUCCGUCGCCCGCUGCCGUCGCCCGCCCUUCUCUUCCACUCUCUAUACCUACUAAACCUAUCCACUUCCCGCGCUACGUGCCUAUGUGUAUCCCACCUCGUACAUGCGUGCGUACAUGCGUACAUGCGUACAUACGUACAUGCUACCUACACGACGCAUCCGUGCCCACGUACAUGCGUGCGUACAUAUCUCCUACAUGGCCUACCUGCUCCUGCGCUCGCAUGCGCACCCGGCUGCCAAAUCAGAUCUUUGUCCUGGCUACCUGUUCACGGUGUGCCCUUCCCACCAAUCCCCGUGUAGAGGCCUAAAACAAAUGCCUCUGCGACGUGUAACAACUCUCACCCCCCUCCUCGAGUCUACUUACUCGAUACCUCUUGUCCUGUGUUAUUUGCCUACGGGCUGACUUACCUCCUUGGUCUUCGUAACCGCCCGUUGCCCGUCUCGUUGCCGU